AUGCUUCCAAGUGAUAUACUUCUGAUACCUCAGACUAACAUUUUAAUAGUAUUAUCUAACUCUUAAAACUAUUUAUAAUCAAGUAUAUUUUACACUAUCGAUGCUGAAACUAAUCAAGUAAGAAAUAUAGUGGAAUUUAAAACUUAGGUAUUUUUAAUUAAAUAUGUUCCAAAUAUGAAGUCUGUUAUUGGAAUAAAUACUUCUACAUUUUAUGUAUUUGACACAUACAGCAUGAAAAUAAUUUAUGAAGCUAAAGUCAUUGAUUAAGCAGUUUAUUUUGAUAAUUUUGUAGACAACUCUAUCGCUGUUAUGUCUUCCAAAAAUAAUAUAGUAAUUGCAUAUGAUAUUUAAAAGCAAUAGAUCGUUAAUACAUACUAUUCCACUAACAGUGUGUACUAGUUGAAGUGCAUAACUUUUCCAAACAAUGAACAUAUUGCUAUUUUAAAUGAUAAUAUUUAGUUAGUUCUUUGGAAUGUAGAAACAGGAGUCAUAAUUAAUAGCAUAAAAACUUAAGCCUUUAGUUUAACAAAUAUGUUGCUCUUUCCUAAUAGCUACAUUCUCAUUUAUAAUAUUAAUUCAACAAAAAUAUAAUUUAUUGAUUUUAGCGGCUAUUAAUAGUAAUAGUUUAAGUUAAUCUUUGAAUAUGACACUUAGAAUGUUUUCAAAAAUUAUAGCUUGGACUUUGACCCAAUCAAAACUUUCAUAUCUUAAAUAUCUGUUAGCUAAUAAACUAUAUUACAAUAUGAUUAUUUAAUUAUUGGGCAUAGUAAUGGAUAAGCUAUGAACUUUAAACUUCCAAAGAGUUACAAUUAAAAUUUCUAAUUGAAUUUGGCAUUCGCAACUAAAUUUGAUUUCAUAAGAUUUAUAAUGCCAGAUAAUAUUUUGAGCAUUUAUAUUUGUGGAUAGAUAGAUAUAAAAGUUGUAAAUUUUUUUAAUGAGAACUAGCCUAUAAUAUAACCAUUACUAAACCUUGGUUCAUCAUAUUUUUUAGCAAGAGUUCCUGUUUAGUAUUAAAAUUAGGAGUUGUAUGUUUCUGCAAACUAGUUAUUUAAGAAUUAACUUAUUUAAAUUUCUGACUAAUCUGGGAUCUAAAAUGCUUAAAUCGUUAUGAAUACAGAUAAUACUUAAGUAGCCUAUUAAGUUUCAACAGGAGGUAUUAUGAUAGUAGAUAUAGCAACUUAAUAAUACAAAAAUUAUCACGUUCUCAAUAAUAAUAAUUGGUAGAUCAGCAACAAUGCUUAGUUUAAAUACUAUGUAAUAAAAAAUUCUGAUCACUACAGCUAUGUCUCAUUUAACUUUUUCGAUGGAUUAAAAUCUAUUAUAGUCUUAAACUUGGAUACUUAAACUGCUAAUUAUUACCAUUCUCCGAUAACAUAAAAUAAUGUGUACUAGAUGGUCAGGAUAGAUUCUUAAAAAAUUAUUGUUUUUUUAGAUAAAACAUUGUAAUUGAAAUAGUUUUCAGAAAGCGAUGAAUCUGUUAAUUUAAUUAAAGUAUUUUCUUCUGCUAUUUAGACACUCAAAUAUUUAGAUUAUUUUAAUAUGAUUUUUGCUGGAGAUUAGACAAAUGGGAGUAUAUUUGCUUUUAAAUAUAAUGAACAAACAAAAAUGUUUGAAUUAUUUAUGCAGUUUAAAGCAUUAAUAGAUUAGAUUAUAUUAGAUAUAUUUGUGACUCCACUAUCUAAAAUGCUAUUUAUUUCUGGCAUCUACUCAAGCAUAUUUUUUGAUAUGUCUCAGUGCUUAACUAAUAAAUAAUCAUGCCUAUCAUGUUCUCUAUAAUUUUAUUUUUCUAACAGCUAGACAUUAUAUAAUUAACAAAGCAGCUAUGGAUAGGGUUAGCUAGACUAUCCGUAUACAACUUAUUAAAGCAUGAUUUAGUCUUUUUUAAUAACCUAGAGAUACAAAAGAACAGUGCUUAAUGUUUAAUAUAUUUAAACAAUUAUUAAUGUUAGUAAUGAGUACCCAAUAGAGCUAUAAUAAUAUAUAUUCUAGUUUACCUUUUCAAAUUUAAUAUAGCUUUAAAUAUAACCUUACUAUACUAAAAGCACUUAACCAUCUACUAUUUUACUGAAAGGAGAUUUCUCUUUUGAAAAUUUUUACUCUAUCUACCUUACUAAUGUUAUUCUAAUGUACAACGUUACUGAUGAUGCUAAUUGUUCUUUAACAUUUUAUUCUGUGUAUCAAUAAGUUGUGUUAAAUAAUAUUAAAAUUUAAAACACUAAUUAAAAUAGCUAUACAGAUUACUGUAAUAAGAUAAACUUAGUAAAUUCUUAUCUUUUGAUCGAAAAUAUAACUUUAGAUUCUAAACAUUUUAAAAAUUAAACUUAUAUAACAUCCAUAUUUAAUUAAUUGUCUCAUACUUUGAUUGAAGUAGAAAAUUUAAAUAUUUAAGGAAAUUAAUGUGAUGAAUCUGUAAAUUAAAAUUAUCAAAAAGCUGUUUCUUUGUUUAAAGCAGGCUAAAUUUCUAUAAGAAAUGUAACAAUCACUGGAAAUAGUUUUUGCAAUUUAAAUUUUAUCUCGAUUGUAGCUUAAAAUUAACUAACUAAUCUUUAAUUUAAAUUAUUAAAUAUCACAAUAUCAAAUAACUUAAUAAAAUCUCUCUCCCAGGGAGUAUUGUUUACUUCUUUAUUUUCUCUUCUUACUCAACCAGAUCAUAUGAUUAUUGCUUAAGAUAUAAUUAAUUUUAAUAAUAACAUAGUCCAAGAAUAAUAAAUUGUUAACAAUUAAUACUUUUUUACAAGCUUAUUCUAAACUAGUAAUAUAUAUAAUAUUACUCUAUCAAAUAUAAAUUCAACUGAUAAUCACUAUCUAUCUUUUAUUAGUAGCUAAAGGACAUUAAAUUUUUUUACAGAUACAUUUAUUUGCUCUUAUUCUGAUGAUUAUUUUAACUUUUAUAAAGGAAAGCCAUCUAGUGGAUGUAUUAGUUUGUAAGAAAUGAGCUUGAUAAAAAUGGUAAACUUACAUUUUUUCUAAAAGGUAGCAUACGAUUGCAACUUAAUUGAUAUUUCAAAUUCAAAAAUAGACAAAACACAAAUUUAAUUUUAUAAUAGUACUUUUUCUAAAAUUUACUCAAUUCAAUCUUAGCAGUUUAAUGAUACAAAUCCGAUAGCAAUUCGAUCUUCUUUUAUGAAUGAUUUACUCAUUUAAAAUUGUACUUUCUCAUAAAACGUAUUAGCUGGUAUUCCAAAUUCAAUAGCUCUUUCAAGUUCAGGCUUAAGUAUUGUGAAUAUUGUAGGAAAUGUUUUGAUCAAUUAGAGUUCAUUUUUAUAUUUAGGCUCCAACUCUGACAUUAAUGGUUUAUCUAUUUUGUCAGAAAAUCUAUCAAUAAGCCGUUCAACAUUUGAUACUUCUUUAAGUUUGUCUAGCUUAAUUUAGACUAAAAAUAGCUUUAACUAAAAUAUUAAUAUCAAAGGAGGUUUUAUGAGAGUCAAGGCUUCUAAUUUAUAAAUUACAUAAUCGAACUUUCAAACAUCGGAAUCUCAAAUAGGAGGAUUUAUAUAUGCCAUAUCAUAUUCUAAAAUAUUUGUAAUUAACAUUACUGAAAGUAAUUUCUCUGAUAGCUUAAUUUAACUAAGCGGAGGUAUUAUAUUCGUGGACACUUUAGGUUCUAUAUUGGAGUUUUCAAUAUCAAAUUCUCUUUUUAAAAAUAUAUUCUAAGUGGCUCCAGAAUCAUCUCUCAUUUAGUUAAGCUAAGAUUCUUUUGGGAAAAAUGCUCAAAUAAAUAAUUUUUUAAGAUUAAAUAAUGUUAACUUUACUAAUAUAUAUGGAGAAGACAUAUCUUCUAUUUUUUCACUAGCUUUUUGUUAACUAAAUAUAUCUUAAUCAGUUUAUAGUUUUGAUUAAAGUAUUAACCGUCAAUAAAUAAUAUCUCUAUAACUAAAUUCUAUACUGUAUCCUUCGACUUACAUAACGUCAACCAAAAGCUAAGUUUAUUUAGAAGGUGUUAGUAUUUAGGAAGUUUAAAGCUUGUACUAAAAAUCUAAUAAUCAUUAAGUAUUUUUUAGUUCUCAAAACUCUAACUUUGAAUUAAAAGACUGCACUGUGAAGAAUAUAGUAAUGAGUAUAGGUGGGAUAAGUUAUUUUGAAUAAGGUUCCAUAGACAUUUCAAAUCUAUAAGUCAACAAUAUUUAAUUUUAACCAAAUAUGAAAAGUUUAAGAUUUAUACAAAAUAAUAGCAUUAUUUAAAACUUUGUCACUGUUUUUUACUUUACCAGCUCUAUUAUAAAUAUGAGUAAAUCUAAUGCCACAAACAUUUUCUGCCAGAAUAUAUGUGAGGGAGGAUUAGGCUUGAUAGAAAAAUCCGAAUUAACUAUUUAAAAUUCUAACUUUUCAGCUAUAAAUUCAAAUAAUGGAGGAGUUUUUUCAAUAAUUAAUCCUUAAAUAAAAACGACGUUAAAUUAAAAUAUAUUUUAAAAUAAUACUUGCAAUUAAAAUGGAGGAGCAUUAUAAAUAACUUCUAAUUACUAGUUGGCUUUUAACAUUUAGAUAUUAGGAAAUAUCUUUUUGAAUAACACAGCAUAGUAAGGAGAAGGAGGAUCAAUUUAUUUUUAUUCAUAAAAUUCAUCUGCAGACGAUUCACUAAUUAUCUAAAAUAGUGUAAUUUAAAAAAAUAAAGCUUACAUAGGAGGAGGAUUAAAGUAUGAAGGAAUAAUCCCAACUUUAAUUAAUAAUUAAAUAUCUGAUAAUACUGCAAUUUUCUAUGGUUAGAAUAUUUUUUCUUAUCCUAGUAAGCUGUUUCUUGAGAAUAGAUAAGAAAUAACAAGCAAUUACUAAGGCAUUUAAGUGUAAGAUAAUAAAAUAAUUAUAUCACAAUAAAGAACAGGAGGUUCUAUUCCUAAUAUGAAUUUUACCUUAAGAAACGAUUAUGGAGAUAUAAUGUAAUUUGGAAAUAAAGAAAUGUAACAAGUAUUUCUAACUAUACAAAUCGAUCCACAAACACCAUUUUUUUCUGAGUAUUAUUUAAGAGGAGAGUCAAAAGCAAUCUACAAUUUUGAAGGGAAUUGCUUUCAAUUUAAAAAUAUAGAUUUAAUAGGUAAGCCAUAGACUACUGUGAAGCUAAUUAUCAAAAGCGAUUUAAUUAGAGACUCAAAUUCAUAACAAUUGACUAACAAUUAUUAUUUUGAAAUUUAAGCUUAUAUUUAAGAUUGUUAAAUUGGAUAAAUUCCAUAUAAAUAUAAUGGAUUCUAAGAAUGUGUUAUUUGUGAAAAGGGUACAUAUUCAUUUGAUUAGACAUAAUGCUAUAAAUGUCCCUCUGGAGCAGAAUGUUAAGGAGGAAGCCAGAUUACAGUUGAUUAAGGUUUUUGGAGAAAAGAGUAAUAUGAUAGCAACAUAAUAUAAUGUGAGCAUUAGUAAUCGAAUUGUGUAGGAGGUUCGUAUGGAGAUUAAAUUUGUUAUAAAGGACACAUUGGGGCUCUAUGUGAAGAAUGCGAUAUAUUUGGUGAAGUUUGGGGAGAGAGUUAUGCAAAAUCCAGUAAAUAUUCAUGCACUUUAUGUAGCAAAAUAGUAGGUAACUUGUAUAUAAUUGCUACGGUUACAAUUUGGACUCUUGUUUCUAUGAUAAUUUCUAUCAAGGGUUAUGAAAAUUAUUAAUAUAAGUAAUAUUAAUCACAGUUCUUAUAAAAAAUUGUCAGAAAGAAAACAUACUUAAGAGGAAAUAAAAAAAGUAAUUUAACUGCAAAAGAAGAUUAAACAAGUGUUUAUAUAAAGAUAUUUACAAAUUACUUUUAAAUUAUUUCUUCAGUAGCUACAUUCAAUUUAUAAGUGCCUUCUGGUAUAAUAGAGUUUCCUACAUCUCUUGGUUAGCCCAUCUCUUAAACUAUCAAUUCUUUAGACUGUGCUCUCAAAAAAUUUAACUCUAGCAUGCCUAUUAUUUACUUUAGACUUAUUUUCUCAAUCUUAUUACCUGUUGCUUAUUUGGUUAUCUUUGUAGUUUUUCUAGCGAUUUACUAAAAGAUUAUAAAAAAAGAAAAGGAUUUCCCUUACUAUUUAAUAUAUACAGCUUAUAUUUUUUUACUUAUUUAUACUUAACCUGAUUUGGUAGCUUAGAUGAUAGCUUCACUUUCAUGCAGAUAAAUAGGAAAUGUAAAGUAUAUUCUUUCAAAUGUAUCGAUGGAAUGCUACACAUAAGAUUUUUAUAAAUGGGGAUUUGGAUUUAUUUUGCCUUUUUUAUUUAUCUUUUUAUUUUUAUUGCCUUACAUCCUAAUAGUUUAGCUAAAGAAAGCAAAAAAUAACUUAUAAUUGCUGGAAAUAAAAAGAAAAUAUGGCUUCUUGUACAAAGAAUACACUUAGAAGUGUUAUUACUGGGAAUUUGUAAAAAUGGCAUAAAAAUUAGCCAUAAUAUUAUAACUAAAUUUUUACUCAUAAGAUAUCAAAACAAAGGGUAUACUAGUUUUUAUUACUGUGACUUUCUAUUCUAUUUCUCUAAUGAUAUAUAAGCCUUACAAAAGCAAUCAGAUAAACUAACUAGAUCAUUACUCAACUAAUGUUUGUGCAAUCUCUGUCUUGUUAGGAUUAUUUAUUUACAGCAACGAUUACAAUUACUUUGUUAUAAUGUCUUUAAUUUUGAUUAUACUGAUUAAUUUUUUAUUUAUAUUAAUGAUGGUUAGAAACAUAAUUCUAGAUUUGAGUUAUGAGUAAAGAAAAAAUCUUGCUCUAUAGACUCUUGGUGCUUUAAUAGAUAAAAGGUAUUCUAAAAACUAUGAUAAUGAAAAGCAAAAGACACUUAAAUCAGAAUAAACUCUUACAAAUAAAAUUACUAAUUUAAAUCUUAAUUUCAAUAUAGAUAUCAAUAUAGAAGAACAUGAAAAAAAAUAGAAUGAAAUUGAAAUCAAAAGCUCUUAGCUUCAAAUUUUUGAAUAAUUUUUAGGUAAAAAAGUAUAACAAAGUUAAAGAAGUUUAAUUCAAAAUGAGAUAUAAAGUUAAAAUGAGGAAGAUUAUCAUAUUGAAAUUGAUGAAAAAAAAAGCAUAGAAAAAGAAUUAGAAUAAUAUAAGACAAUGUAAAUAAUCAAUUGA